UGGUUAUGAUCUUUUCGACCGAAAAGAAGGGAUAGUACGUAUUUUUCGUUGGGGAUUUCCUGGAAAAAGCCGUCGUAUCUUUUUACGAUUCCUUAUAAAAGAUAUUCAGUCCAUCAGAAUCGAAGUUAAUGAGGGUGUUUCUGCCCGGCGUGUCCUUUAUAUGGAAAUUCGAGGUCAAGGGGCUAUUCCUUUAAUUCGUACUGAUGAGAAUUUUACUACACGAGAAAUUGAGCAAAAAGCUGCUGAAUUGGCUUACUUCUUGCGUGUACCAAUUGAA